ACGACGCUCCGAUACCGCCGCUUCCGUCGACCGUUUCUCUCCGAAAUACAUCGCGCCACAUGAAAGAGCUAGAUUACUUCGUUCAACCAUAUAAUUGCCAUUAAUUUAACCACGUUCUAAAACAAAAAGAAAAAAGAGAAAAAAAGAAAAAAAAAAAAAGAAAAGAACAAAACCGUAUUUCAGUGAUUUCGAGGCAAACGAAAGAUCUCAGUCUUCUUGUCAUACUUGUAAUAUAACGAUAUACAGAAUUUGUACGUUCGAUCGGAAAUCUACGUGUAAUUUAAAAUCAAAUUCUGCUUCUAUCGGUGAUAGAUUUAAACAGCAACGGUUUCGAUCAAGCACACAACGAAACAAGCAAGCGAAUGAAAAAUAUUGUUAUCAAACAGCCGAACGUUUGCUCGUACUCGUCGAUCCAAUGGUAAAAAACGAUACACGGUAGGUAAAAGUAGCGCGAUCAACAUCGACGAAAUCGAGAUUGAUCUGCGACAGAUCCGAUCGAGUCGUUGAACGUUCGAUUCGCGUAUCCUAACGGCGUACGAACGGCCACGUCAUACAUCGCGUCGAGAUCGACCACCGUCUCGAAUUAUUAAAAUAUCGCGGACAAAAUGACAGGAUCCAGGAUCCAGACGCUAUCCUAACCUUGGUGAAUCGAACGACGCGUUAGAUCCUCCAUGUGUACGGAAAUGAAGCAAAACCGUUUUUUUUCCUUUUUUCGAAUUUCUAUCGACACGCUUGCUGGAACGUUGUCGAAAUUCGUACGAACCAAGAUGAUUACGGCGCGUUCAACGUUUGAUAAAACGCCGCAGGAAACUCUCAGAGAAUAGGGGGAAAAUAUCCGCAACUUUGAAACUACUUUCACGGAAAAAAAGAAAAAGAAGGAAAAGAAGAAAAGUAUAUAUUCCGAUGAAAUUUUCGCAACCGUGUGCGAAUAUCCCGGACGACGGAUAAUAUCGCAAAGUGGAAUUUACACGAAGCUGCGAUCGGUUAGGUUCGUGGAUGAUCCGAAAGUCGAUCUGCGAUCUUUCUCAACGAGAAGAAUUGGAACUGGAGCUGCUGGCUCGGGAAAGAAGAGAAACAAGCAUCGCAACGGAAAAGUUGACCCACGAGACCGGAAUAACGCGGAAACAACUUGGCUGGGAAAAAAGGAAUUCCAUGUCUGUUGGCGAUAAACGUUGGAAAGCGGGCCGAACAUGUCCGUUCGGAGUAAAAAGCGCAACGCGUAAAAUAGAAAAGCAGAAAAAAGACGAAACGCUGAAAGAAAGGAAACUGGCGCUGCUCGGCCAGCGUUCCUACAAACUUGCGAAUUUUCGCGUUCAACGGCGCAUCGCUCGAACAGAGAAAGCCGUCGCUGUUGACUCUCGAGAGAUUUCGUCGGAUACGAAGACAGUUUCCGGGCAGGCUAUCCGAUCGAUACUCGUCCUUCAGUUGCAUUCCAUUUUCAGGUAUUCGCGCAUCCAGCGGCGCGAUCGCGUUUAUCUUACCAUUCCACGGAAACUGACUCGAUCGUCGAACGACGACUCGGACUCGCUGGAAUUCAUCGAGCGACACGCGUAUUCCGAUCGCACCGGCCAUCGUUUUCCGUGCUGUGUAACGCACGGAAACGAAAGUUACGCUCUAUUUUAUGGUAAUUAGAUACAGGCCGAGAUAAGGUUUUGGUAGGCCGCUUGAAAAAGUACGCAGCGUGGUAUACGGAGGGCGUCUUGGAACGAACUAUUUUCGUGACUACUUGGUCCGCUCGUCGAGAGACUUUGAAAGGCGAACACGCUGAAACGCCACAGACCUCGAAGAACCUUUCGGACCAGACCACCGAUCUUUCUUCUACGAUCUAGAUCCAAAUUACCAGAGGUUACCUCGCGGCCACUUUCAAACAUUCCGCGAUAUCGAGACGAAGAUCCCUCGGUGAAAUUCCGAGACGGUUAUUUCCCAUCGGCGAACUCCGAAUUUGCGGGCCGUUGGUCGGCUAAUUACUCGCUAAAACUCGCUGUCCGUGUUAAUUGGAACGAUCGAGAGACCAGUCGCGGUAUCCGGCAAUACAAUGGCAGACAGUUGGCCAGUUUGGUGAAAUAAUUGAAAGAUUUCGGAGAUCUAAGAAUACCAAAGUAAAUCGAUCCGUGCCACACGUACACGCCACCAGUUAGAAACAUUCCGUGUUUAUUGACAUUGUGUGGGAUUUAAAUCUACAAACGAAACGAGAGGGAUAUUUUUUUUUCAACAGCUAGUUGGAAACACUUGUCACUCGUUGGCGAGUUGGAAACGUUCUGAACCGAAUUUACCUCCACACGAGUGGACAGAUAUUUAUAAUAUUUCCUACUUUUACGAACAAGCAAACGAACGGCCGUCGAGAGAAUGGACGAAGAAUUCGAGGAAUUUCAGGAAACAUUAAACGUUACUAAAAACCAUCGAUCGAUCGAUAUCUGAGAAGAACUUGAACCAACAAGUUUAAGAACCACCUUAUAUUCCUUAUAUUCGAAAUUGUACGAUCCGUUGUCGUCCGAAUCGUACGAUCAAAGUACACCUACUUUAGGAGUGUAAACACCUGAAACAAUUCAAGGGCCUUCGAUUCUUUCUGCCCCAGAUUCCGUUAUUACGCGAAUCGUCUCCAUAAACUAUAAAUCUUUCUCGUUGGAUUUACCUUAUCGUCGUGCAACAUCGUGACAUAGUACUCGCGCAAAAACGAUGGUAAGGAUGAUAACUAAAAAAGUAACCAAAGUAAUGUCUCACGCGGACAUAGCGCUCUGGAUGGUAUUCUGAACUUACGUUGAAUCUGUCGGCAAGCUGGAUAAUUCAUUGGUUAGACGCGAUCGUUGUUGGUAUUUCGUUCGACCGAUAAAAAUUUCGAGUCGGUCGACGAGCGAAAUUUUUAAAACGACGAACCGAUAACGGAGAGAAGGGAUCGUCCGAUCUUGCGAUCGACAGCAGGGCAGGACGAAUUAACGACGACCCGAGGAACUUUGCCGCUUCGGAGACGCUUUUUGGAAAAUCGGUGUUGCGAAAAUCGGUCGAGCAAAGAUCGCGAGUGAAAAUAGAAAAUGGAAAUCGAUGCCGCUUCCAUUCUUUCGUAGAGAAUCUCUCGAGGCAAAGCGGCGCGUUUUAUGGGAAAUAAGAGAGGAAAGAGAUACAGCAAAGAGAAGGAAACAUGUUGUCGGUCGCGUCCACGUACAAUCUACGUACGAGAUGCGGCGUUCAGGACUCCUCGAGCGUAGACGUAUCUGCGCGUUCCCGACGGUCCGCCGCCCCAACCACGUGGGUCAAUUUGACGCAUUACGGUUACAGAAACAGAAGCUUCGAACCAAGCCUAGAUUUCGAGGAGAAACCGAUCGAAGCUUGUCACGCUUUAUACUUUCUGCUGGAUUUCUUUCAUCAGUACUACAUUCCCUCCAUCAUUUUGCUGGGCUUGGUGGGCAAUCUGUUGUCCUGCGUCGUCUUUCUAAACACGCAUCUGAGAAUACGAAGCUCCAGCUAUUACCUGGCCGCCCUGGCCACCGCUGACUUUGGCUUCUUAGUCACUUUGCUUUUAGUUUGGUUGAACAACACGCUAGGAUGGAAGGUGUUCAAUAAGGAGGGCUGGUGCGAAACUUUGGUCUAUGUGAGCGCCGUCUGCAGCUCUUUGAGCGUCUGGUUGAUCGUCGCGUUCACGGUGGAGAGAUUCAUAGCUAUUCAGUACCCUCUACACAGACCUCAUAUAUGCACUAUAGCCAGGGCAAAGACCAUCGUGCUGGUGUUGGUGAUUUUGGCUUUGGCCAGUCAUUCCUACUCCUUUGUCACGGCUGGUGUGAUCAACAGGGACGGCGAAGAUUAUUGCGAUCUGAAGGUCGAAUACCUGGAGACGAUGAAGAUAAUCAGCAUAAUCGACAGCAUCGCCAGUCUGAUCGCGCCGCUCGUACUUAUCAUCGUCAUGAACACUAUGAUCAUGAGAAACUUGUUGAGGUUCAGCAGGCGAUUCAAGCAGUCUUCCACCACGUCCACGGACUGCCCGAGCAGAGAACAGUCGGACAUCAAUCUGAAUCAGAUUCCGAGUGCCGGCAGCAGCAACAACGGCGCUGGCGGCAUUAAUCUGGGACCAGUGGUCGGAGGCCGACGGCCACCUUCGCAGCAAUCGUUUCACUCGUCCAAGAACAACCAUUCUCAUCAUUCUCGGCAUCAAACCACGUCCGCGCCGUCAUCAACCCCACGAAACGCUUGUCAGUUACCCGAAAUAGCAACUCGCUGUAUACAUAUUAGAUCGUCCUCGAGGAAUCUCGUGUCAACGAGGAAUCAACAGAGCAUCACGAAAAUGUUGCUUCUCAUCAGCACCGUUUUCAUUCUUCUCAAUUUGCCGAGCUACGUGAUCCGAUUGUGCGUAUUCUUCUUCACGCUGGCCCGCAAGAACACACCCGACCUGCUCUGGUGUUUGCAGCAGUUCUUCAUGCUUCUCUAUUACACAAACUUCAGCAUCAAUUUCUUAUUGUACGCAAUGUGCGGCAUCACGUUUAGGCGUUGUCUGCAACAGUUGCUGCGCAAGAUACUGAAAACCAUGACCAGGUACCAUUGCAACCUACGACGAUACAUAUAGGAGCGACGGAAACGUUUUCGAGCAAAUCCAAGUAUACAACCACGGCGAUCCCAAUAGCGUCGCGCGACGCGCACGGCCAUUAUCUUCGUCCGUUUCUCUCUCGCUCUCGUUGUUUCGUCGUCGUCGUCGUCGUCGUCGUCGUCGUCGUCGUCGUCGUCGUCGUCUUCGUAGCGCCGUUCGAUUCGACUAUUCACCAUCGGUUUAUUACUUCGACGAGCAAAACAAC